UGAGAGAUAGUAGAUGCAGUCAAGUUGGCGGCGAUGUUAGGCUGGACUCACAAGAUUGCGCUGUCAUGAGAGAUAGUAGAUGCAAUCAAGUUGGCGGCGAUGUUAGGCUGGACUCACAAGAUUGCCGAAGGGCAGUGCUUGCACCAGCGGAUGCACAAAUUGCUAUCCAUACAAAGGAGCCCAUCAAUUUCUAGGUAUCCUUGCUUUCUGGCACUUAAUCUCACCAAGUAUCUUUUCUAUUUUUUUGGCAUUUGUUCAAUCGAUUUCCUAAUAGGUGGAGCACACAGACUAGGACCUUCGCUUGAAGGUUGUCCGUGGAUGCUGCCACACUCUCCAUUGUUCAUUGUGCAGUUUCUAUUAGAAAAUUUCUAACCAUAUCUUGGUAUCUUCGCCUGCCAUUCUUACUACUCCCUCUGUACCGAAAUAGUUGUCGUUUUAGAAUCUUAGUACAAUUUCCGUCACGCUACCAGUUUUCUUCCCUUUCCCAUUUUGCCCUCCCACUCGCACCGACCAGGCGACCACUCGCUCUCUCCCCAGUCGCUCCUCCCGAGCCCAGAUCGCUCGCCGGCCAGUCGCCGUCCACUCCCUCUCGUCGGUGUCUUCCUCGCCGUCGUCUUGCUCCUCUACCACCCCAAUUCGUACCCCUAAGGCCCUAACCCUAUUAUCCCGCCUGCUAGCUCUUGGUCAAAGGUAACAUUUUUAGAGCCGAUGUGCUUUGUCCGUGGGCGGCGUUGCUCGAUCCAUGGGCGGCGGUGCUCGAUCCAUGGGCGGCAGUGCUCGAUCUGUGCUGGAGCAGCGGAAGGAGGACGGCAGUGCUGGAUUGGAGCAACGGGAGGAGGACGGCGGUGCUGAAUUGGAGCAGCGGGAGGAGGACACCGGUGCUGGACCGGAGCAGCGGGAGGAAGAUGGUGGUGCUGGUCCGAAGCAGAGCGUGUCGGAGCUGGAGUUCGAGGCCUUCAUUCGGCAGCACAUCACCGCCGCCGAGGCCGAGGCCUAGCGGGGCAGGCGCGGCCAUGGACCAGACGACAUCGGGUUCGGCGAGCACGGGUGGGACGACGGCAUCUUCUUCCCUGGCGGUGGUGCCAGACCUCUGCUUCGGUGACUCGCAGAACUCCCAGGAGCUGCAAGAGAGCAACGCCGGCCAAUUGUGGUGGUCUGAAGGCCUCCGGGCGCCAAACCACCACACAGUCCCGACGCCGACCAGCCAUCUCCGGUGGACAGAUGGACAAUGGUCAAUCCAAGCAAUUCUGAUCAAGUGGAGUAACACAAUGGGAGGACCCAUGUUGCUGCAACACUUCUGAUCAAUCCAAGCAAUUGAUCAAUCCAAACACAUACACCUGUUGGUCCCUGUUGCUGUUCACAAACAGAGCCCUGUUACAGGUAGCAAUUCACAAUUUGGUUGGUCCCUGUUGUUGUUCUUCCUCCAAACAAACCCAUGUUGAUGUUCUUCCUCCAAACAGGAGAACCCCUGUCGUUGUUCUUACUCGAUUUGCUUGGUCCGCCAGUCACAAUUUGGAGGAAGCGAGAGCAGGAGAACCAGUGAGGAAGAGAGGCGUGACGAGGCGACCUGGCUGCUCGCCGACUAGGUCAAUUGGCCGGAUCCGGAGCUCCGGCGUUGGGAGGCUGAGGUGCUGGAGUCGCCGGCGCAGGAGUCGCACAGCAGGCGCGACGGGCAGGU